ACACCGAUGCUGGUUCAGUCGACGCUUCGACUUUGCGUAAACCAUUGCGUCGGGUUAUAGAGAGGUAUCGCAGUUUCGCCAGAGACACCUCGUCCAUGUAUUAAUUCAUGAAACGAUCAAUCGGCUCGUACGCUGAUCGAGAAUCCAUUGACUGUGAAAGAAAAGUGGCUUAUUAAAAAAAAGAAUUCAAUGAACGAAUAAAUAGGGUUUACCAAAAUUUCCUCAAAUAUAUUUUAUCGUCGAAUCUAGACUUUUGUGCAGUGUGUAUUGUGAAAAUAAUGGACGUUGGUUAUACCCCCAUACCAUAAAGCGGAAUAACAGUCUGUGAAUAAAUCUGGCAACGAUCGGAAUUGUAAAAAAGAGAAAAACAGAAAAAAAGCAAUACGAAGGCAAAGGGCCAUUUAGGUCCUUAUUUUCAGGUCGGUGUAUGUCUCAACCGUUGAAUAUACUCGGUUCGAGCAGUACCGAUCUACCUUCACCUCUGAGCUGGAGGUGUGCGGGCGAAUUGUGUGCUGCGUGCAGCGGUUGUGUGGUACAAACGACAGCGAACCAAGUCACAACAGUAUCAGAGGAAGAGAUCGCGGACGUCGUGGGGGGCAGGCGGUGGGGGAGGAGAUGCCGCCCGUCGCCGUCAGCCCAAGUCCCGCAUCCACCUCGUCUCAAGAAGAUUCCUGUAAACCACCACCUCGCAACUGCUAUCGUCUCGUUCUCCUGGGAAGCGCAAGGGUUGGAAAGACAGCUAUCGUCGCCAGGUUUCUGUCCAACAAAUUCGAGGAGAGCUACACGCCAACGAUCGAAGACUUUCACCGGAAGUUGUACAGAAUCAGAGGCGAGGUUCAUCAGCUGGAUCUUUUAGAUACCAGUGGAAACCACCCCUUCCCCGCAAUGAGAAGAUUAUCAUUUUUGACAGGUGAUCUUUUCGUCGUAGUGUUUAGUAUGGACAGCAGAGAGUCCUUCGAGGAAGCCAUAAGGCUGAGGGAAGCAAUUUUAGAAACAAAAGUGAGCGCUACUCAAGGGGGUGCGAAGGGUAGAAGGCAUCAAAACCUGAAAGUUCCAAUGGUUAUAGCUGGGAACAAAUGCGACCGCGACAUAAAAACUGUGACGGUUGAAGAGGCCCAACAAUACUGUACGACCCAGGACGACUGUUGCGUUUUCAUUGAAGUAUCUGCCAAGCGGAAUUACCACGUCGAUGAACUAUUCUACCAACUUUUUGUCGUCGCCGGAUUACCCUUGGAAAUGGCACCAAACCAUCACCGAAAAGUUCCCCUCAACUUUGGUUCACCAACUAUGCUACCGCCUUCACAGCCGAAACACAAAGCCACUUUGAGCAUAAAGCGACGUUUGAGCGACGCUUGCGGCGUUGUAGCGCCGAACGUUCGUCGCCCCAGUAUUCGUACGGACCUUAUGAUCAUGAGGACAAAGACGUGCUCUUUGGGAACCGGAAACGAGAACAACACGCCCGGUUCAAGAAUUACACUGAGGUCAUCGGACACUAGGAAAACGUGUACGAUACAAUGAUACGUCUUCGCCAACUGAAAAAAGGAAAUACCAGAGUAGAAAUAAGAAACAGAUUUCUCAGCAUUACCCCCUUCCAUCAUCCCACGCGAGACAUGAAUUGUAGUACGCGUACCCAAUGAAUCACGGUUACGUUAUAAAUAUAUAAAUACAUAUAUAUAUAUAUAUACAUUGUAAGAAUAACGAUAAUAAUAAUUGCAUAAAGAUAAUUGAAACGAGUGUAGUAAUAAUGUUGCUGAAAAAAAGGAAGUAAUAAAUACAAUAAUUAUGUUAUAACAACAAUAAUAGAAAUAAAAAUUAUGUAGAAUAUCCAUAAUGCUGAUAUCGAUGAUGAUGAUGAUGAUGAUGAUGAUGAUAAUGAUGAUGAUGCUGGUGUUUUAAUAGUUAUAUAGCAAUAGCCAAGUUGAAUUUCAAUGUUGCGCAAAUAUAUUUCAUUGAAAUAUGAUAUUUUUCUCUAUUAUAUACAUACCGUAGUAAACUUGACCAUGAGGCUUUGACCAACCGAUUUGAGCGAGCUUGUGCCUACGCAUAUUAUGAGCCAAACGGAUUUCUAAUUGUAAUAGAACGAGCAUAAUCUUCACGAGAAGAUUAAAAAGAAGAAUUUUUUUUCCAUAACGUAUAAAUCAUCCACUUUUAAACUGACAAUCGAUUUCCAAUAAUAAUUGACGUGAUUUUGCUUCACGUCGUUGAUGAAAUUUUAAUUAAAAAUCACGAGAAUAAUCCUUUAGUAUAAGUUUUAGUCUCGAAGAUAUAAUAAUUGCGUAAUCUCCGAUUUGGAAUGAUUCGAUAGUUUUUUUUUGUCCGCUUUAGAGCGCUAUUAAUGUUCAAAGAUAUUUGAUUUUCGUUACGUAUGUAUAUCAAUUUUUGUUGUGUUUCGAUAAAUUUCGUACGUGUUGGCAAGAAUUAAUUCAUCAAACAGAAUUAGAACAUAAUCAUGAAAUAUUUAAUUACGCUAUAAAAUACACACCCCCAAUUUUACUGAAGCAAUAACAUCAUCGUUGUAGGUAUGAUAGAUAUUAUACCGUACUAAUUAAGUAUAUUGACUCGCUAGAUGAACUUGUAUAAUAAUGUGAAACUUUGAAAAUUUAUUCGCUCGUUAAAUUCGCGGAUGAACAUGAAAGAUUAAACAAAAAAAAAAAAAAGGAAAAAAUAAUGCGUCAGCGCUUGAUUACACAGCUAAAUCCAAUGUACCAAUGCGAGAAAAAAAAAAAUAUUAUGAACAUAUUCAAUAAGCAACCUGCGUAACGUACUUGUACAUCUGACGAAAAUUUUAUUGCGAUCAUCAAGAUACUCAUAUCAGUAUACGUGUUCGCAUUUUAUAUAAAUAAAGCCUGUCUUAUA